CCUCACUUUCUCCCAGUCCUUCAGUCUCUGCUGCCCUCCUCAUCGUCACUGUGUAGAGUCUGAAAGCAAAAAGAAUCCAAGAUGUCUGAGGGAAAGAAGAUGACAUCGAGCCGCAGGCAUCAUCUGAAGAGUUUGAUCCUGCAGAUCGCUGCUAACUGGCUGGAGCAGGAAGCUAAAGAAAAUGAAGAAGCCAAAGAAACCUACAUGGCAGAGAAUUGUGCCGCCCCUGACCUGAGCGGAGACCAAGCAGCUCUCAUUGAAAUCUGCAAAAAGCUGCACCAGUCCUUGGACAAGAUUGAUGAGGAAAGAUACGAUGCUGAGGCCAAAGUGGAAAAGAUGGACAAAGAGAUCCAGGACCUGAAGAUGAAGGUGGUGGAGCUGGCUGGAGUGAAGAAACCCGCCCUGAAGAAGGUUCGUAUGUCUGCUGACGCCAUGCUGCAGGCUCUGCUGGGAGGGAAACACAAGGUGACCAUGGACCUGAGGGCCAACCUGAAGCAGGUCAAGAAGGAGGUCAAGGAGGAGGGUGCAGAGGCAGUGGGCGACUGGCGUAAGAACAUUGAGGACAAAGCUGACAGGAAGAAGAUGUUCGAGACGUCUUAAAGACUUUCAAAUUCAACUUUGCAUUUUCACUUCUUCUGAUCUGCGAUGCCCACGGUUACAUCUGAGCCUUUUUCAUGGAAUUGGAAAAACUUGUGCCAUUAAAUUGUUAUUUUUUUGAAUAAGGCAA